AUGUCGCUGGGCGGGCCGUAUUCGGAGGCGUUCAACACGGCGGUGCACAACGCGUUCGCCAACGGGGUGCUGACGGUGGUGGCCACCGGCAACGACGGAGUCGACGCCAACAUCGACGAGAACUGGAGCGGUCCGGCCGAUUGGCUUUCGGGCCUGGCCAAGGACGCGGCGGCGGGCCGGAAGCAAAGCGAAUUCGCCGAGUCGAUGGGCUGUAACUUGCUAUCGCAAAAGGCCCCUGAUUCUCGCUUCUUCUCGGAUGCCGACGCGUAUGGGGGCGCCUACAUGUGCAGUGACCCUCGCUGA